AGGUGCCGCCGGUGUACGAGCCCAAUAUUCAUGAUCCCACCACCAGGACUGACCUCAUGAAAUACUGGAUCCCCCUCUCCCUGGAUGACAAGACGGCCCAGAAGCUGCUGUGGAUAUCCGAGAGCAACCUCAAGGUGUCGCGUAUGUCAGAGGAGGUGUGUCCAUACCCCAUGAGACCGGAGAGAUAUGAGCAUUCGCCACAGGUGCUGUGUAAGGAGGGUCUGUUGGGGCAGAGAGGAUACUGGGAGGUGGACUAUGGCGGCUGGGUGGUGAUUGGGGCAGUGUACGAGAGCAUGGGCCGGAAGAAUGGGCCAUGUGGGCUGGGGGAGAACGAAAGCUCAUGGGGUGCAGGCUGGGCCGGCUCCUGCUACCACGUCUGGCACAACGGGGAGAAAGUGGAGGUCAAGCUCCCUUUGUGCAACACCAUGAGCAUAUACCUGGACCAGCCCGCUGGCAUCAUCAAAUUCUUCAUCGUGGAAGGAGAAGGGGAGGCGGAGAAGGCGGUGCGACUGAUACACAAGUUCAAAARUGACCUCAAAGAGAAGAUUCUGCCUUGUUUCUGGGUUGGCAGUAAAUCCUUCUGUUGGAUCCGGAAGAAAGAGYGACAGUAACAAGAAGGGUGUAGGAAAGGAGAGAUGGAAUAACYGGUCAGGGAWUUUGUAAGAGAGGGAGGUAAAGUGAACGAGAAGAUAUAUGUUUCWAAUAUUUGGAGAACAAGRACUGGUGUCAGAAUGCAGAAUUGAAGCAGAGAAUAAUGGAAURUUCACAACAUGAAAURAGUUGUAAUCUGUAAGAUUCACAUCAUGUCUAUGGUUUUAAGUGUUGCUGUUAUCCCUCUGUUGCAUGAGGACAACAUACAUAUGAAUUACUAGGUUAUAUUAUAAUAUUUAGAAUGACAAUUAUAUUGACUAUUWCUAUUUAUUAGUACUGUCAGUAGUUUUUGUUKCAGCACUAGUUUGUUAGUGUUAAAGUAGGGUGUGUAGUUUAAAUUCAUAGCUUGUAUCAUUUUAUAUCUGAUUGAACCAUGGUCAUGUAUGAAUGUGAUGAAUAAAUACAACUGUGUAACAGUA